UCCUCAUCAAAAAGUUUAGCUGGAGCCGCGAGUGGCUGGUGCUGAUGCGUUUGAAGUCCACGUGGAGCCACCGAGUGAAAGUGGGGACUGAAAGGAGGCAGCAGGGGCGAUAGCCACUUUUUUCCAGCCAAGCGGGCCUCAGGGUACACCACUUCUUCCGGUAGGUGUUUGGGCGUGCGUGCUGCGAGAUGGACACUCCCCCGGUGUCGGGUUCGGAUUCGGAUUCUGAUGACGACUCCCUUAUCACAGACAGAGAGUUGCAGGAUGCGUUUUCCCGAGGGCUCCUGAAACCAGGCCUCAAUGUCGUGCUAGAGGGGCCGAAGAAGGCCGCUAACGACGUGACUGGCCUGAAGCAGUGUUUGGCCGAAUUCAAACGGGAUCUGGAAUGGGUUGAAAGGCUCGAUGUGACCCUGGGUCCGGUGCCAGAAGUUAGUGGACCUCAGUCAAGUCUUCAGAAGAAGGAUCAGAAAGCUGUUGACCCAGAAGAUGACUUCCAGCGGGAGAUGAGCUUCUACCGCCAGGCCCAGGCUGCAGUGCUUGCAGUGUUACCCCGCCUGCAUCAGCUUAAAGUCCCUACCAAGCGGCCCACCGAUUAUUUUGCAGAAAUGGCCAAGUCAGAUCAGCAGAUGCAGAAGAUUCGACUGAAGCUGCAGACUAAACAGGCUGCCAUGGAGAAGUCUGAAAAGGCUAAGCAACUGAGAGCACUUAGGAAAUAUGGAAAGAAGGUACAAACAGAAGUUCUUCAGAAGAGGCAGCGGGAGAAAACACACAUGAUGAAUGCCAUUAAGAAAUACCAGAAAGGCUUCUCUGACAAACUGGAUUUCCUUGAGGGAGAUCAGAAACCUGUUGAACGCAGCACGAAGGAAAAAGCUAAAGGGCAGCAGAUGAAGAAAGGGCCCAAUGCCAAACGACGCUAUAAAAACCAGAAGUUUGGUUAUGGUGGGAAGAAGAAAGGCUCCAAGUGGAACACCCGCGAGAGCUAUGAUGAUGUAUCCAGCUUCCGGGCCAAGACAGCCCAUGGCAAGGGUCCCAAGAGGCCUGGAAAGAAAGGAUCAAAUAAGAGACCUGGGAAACGAACUAGAGAGAAAAUGAAGAACAGAACACGUUAAACAGCAUCUUUGUUUACAAAGAACCAAGAAAAAAGGGGAUGAAGACUUGGGAUUUCACAAUACCAUUGGAUCUCUUCUGUUGGUUUCUUUUAGUAAAAAAAUUCUUUAAAUAAACUAAAGAAAAAAUUUUCAAAGAAAUGCCUACCCUUGGUUAAAAACUCAAUUAGGACUAAAAGAUUUAGAAGUUACCUUUACAUACUAAAUAUUAUUGCUGUUUAUUGAUGAUAAUUUAGACUUUGCCUUCCUUUUACGAUAGAUGAGAAGAUCCUUACUUCUUCCCCAUCUUUCCAAAUAGUUAUAUUAUGAUUUUAGGUAAAUCAGUAACCAGCGUUUAUAUCAUUAUGACUGUUUAAAAAAAUUUUUUUUUUUUUUGACUGUUUAAGUACCACUUAUUAUUGAGUUAGGUCCCUGGGAGGUACAAAUGGUUUGCACUCGGCUAUUACCCAUAAGGUUGGCUGUUUAAACCCAUCUGGUGGCACCAUGGAAGAAAGGCCUGGUGAUCUGCUUCCGUAAAGAUUACAGCCAAGAAAAUUCUAUGGAGCUCAGUUCUACUCUGUAACACACAAUCACCAUGAGUCAGAACAGACUCAGCAGCAACAAGUUUGGUUUUUUCUGGCUUAUUGUAGAGCUAGCUGUACUGUGAUACAGCUUUUGGUUUUUCUUUGAACUGAUAACCACCUUGUAUUUUUUUACUUGCCUAAGUUUCUUUUUAAAUUCUCGUUGUCUUCCAGAUGCAUCAUCAUUUUACCCACCUUGUAAUCUGCUUGCUACAAACCUAGCUCUGUCAACCCUGUCUCUUUUCUAGACCUAGGUUGAAUUCACUUAUUUUCUGGAUCCCGUAGUUUUCUGUCUUAGCUUAUGCCUUCUUUUGCUAGCAACAUUUUCCAGUAUCUUGCUAAGAGAACAUAGCAGGUAAAUUUUUUAUCUCUUCACAUUUCUGAAAUUGCUUUUUUUCUGCUCUCAUGAGAAGUGCAGUUGCAGGGCACAAUGACGGCUUUCAGAGCUAAUGAUCUUGUGAUGGAAAUGAAUCAUGGACCUAAUCUGUUCUACAGUUUAUACUAGAUCAUAAAAUUAGACUCACCUCUGUGUAUAUCUGAGCCAUUCUUUAUGCUCUCCUUCCGAAAAUGUAAGUAUUUAUGAUGCUGAAUUCAAGUGUAACUGUAAUAGGUAAAUUUUCCAAAUUAAAGACUGAAUGCAAAACAGAA